AUGGCCCCGCCACAGCUCACCCGCUGUGCUGCCACCAUCCUUUUCCUUUCCUUCCUCUCCCUUUUCCCCCUUACUCUCGCCCAGACCGGUCCUUCCAAGGUCGCAUGCCCUCGCAAUUUCAUCCGACCAGCUGGACCUGUAGCUGCACCCGCUCUUUCUGCUGAAGAACGCGCUUAUGUUUCGGGCCGCACGGCGAACGUCCUCCCAGAUGCAUGGAAAACGUAUCUCGCCUCUGUGCGCGCUGCCUUGCCUCCUGGUACCGAUCUCCCUUCGUAUGUGUCCGAAAUCCUCGACCCCAAGCCACCGAAACGCCCAUACAUUCCUUCCCGACCCGCUGACCUGCCCAAGCUCGGCAUCGCGCUUUCUGGUGGUGGUUUAAGAGCAACGUACUUUGCUGCGGGCGUGCUCACCUCAAUUGACGGCCGGAACACAACCCAUCCUACGGGAUCGAACGGGCUUCUGCAAGCUGCUACGUACCUCGCCGGACUCUCAGGAGGCGCCUGGUUUACCACCGCGCUCGCGCAGGCCAACUUUCCCACAGUCCCCGAGCUCGUGUUCCCCUCCAACGCGCCCGCGUCCAAUGAUCACUUUGGCGGGUUCCUCAGCGAGCUUGAUAUCACUGCCCCAGGUGCGGAUGAGCUCCAAAACGCUGGGUACUUCCAGGCCGUUCUGAGUGAGCUCGUGCCAAAGGUCGUCGCAGGCUUCCCAGUCACUCUGGCCGACGGGUGGACGCGAAUGAUUGCAAGACAUUUCGUGAAUGGAACAACAGCUGAUACAAUUUUGAACCCUGGCCCCCAUGGCGAUGGGAUAACUUUCAGUGGUCUGAAGGAUCUACCAAGUAUCAAAGCACACGCCCAGCCUUUCCCUAUUGUCGUGUGGAAUGCGAUCCCUCCUGCGCUUGUCGAAAACCCGAACGACCCUAAGCAGUUGGCCGAUAUUGUACCUGGGAACAGUGUCCCUGUUGGAAGCGAGAUUUGGGAGGUUAACAUGUUUGAAACCGGCUCUUGGGACCCCUCGCUGGCGUCUUUCAUCCCUACGCGUCUGCUUGGAUCGACCCCCGCCUUUGGAACAGGCCCCAACAAGGUCGACGCGCAGUGCUUCGAGGGUGUCGACCAGGCCGCGUAUGUUGCUGGGAUCAGCAGCAGUGUGUUUAAUUAUCUGAAUGGAACGACAAACUUGCUGCCUUAUACACAAGAAGGCGCGUUGAUAAAUGUGAUCAAUGCGACGUUCCCGUCGCCUGUGAGCGUGCGGCUGGACUCUGCCGCGCUGCCAAAUCCAUUCAAGGGUGUUAAUCCUCGUACAUACCCAUCUUCCUCGGAAUCAUAUCUCUCUCUCGUCGACGGAGGCUCCAAUGGAGAAGUUCUACCGCUCCAACCUCUGAUUAUGCGCUCGCGCGGCGUAGAUGUCAUCUAUGCAGUUGACGCCCCCGCCGACCUGCCAAAUUCUUACACCAACGGUAGCGACAUCGUCAACACCGCCGCACGCGCGAAGCGUUUCUCGUCCGGAAAGUUGUACCCUUUCCCGCGCGUGCCAGCGUCGCCGCAGACCUUCAUCGACAAGGGGCUGACCCUUCGCCCUACGAUCUUUGGGUGUCUUCCUGAGGAUGAGCGGAACGGUGCCCCUAUCGUUGUAUAUGUCGCCAACGGCGGUGCCAGUGCCGAGAAGCGCGCAAAGGGUGAGGCAGGCCUGACGGGUACACCAACGGUACAGACUACGUAUUCGAAAGAAAUGGCGCAGGCGUUCAUGGACGAAUCGUUCGCCAUUGCCACCCAAGGUCUUGGGCUCAACUCUACAUCUGUGGCGCCAGGACAGCAGUGGAGUACCUGCUUGGCCUGUGCCGUUGUUGACCGUGCGCGCGCGAGGCGCGGAGAGCGAAGGCAGGGUGUUUGUGCUGAGUGUUUCAACAAUUAUUGUUGGGACGGACGGGAGUGA